AUAUCAGUUUCACCGGAGCCGCUCGUCAGUCCUCCUUUUCCAACAUGUCGGUGUACGGGCCAGUGGUGAAAAUUCACCCCGUCGUUCUUGCCUCUAUCUGCGACUCUUACGAGCGGAGAAAUGAGGGAGCGAGCCGUGUGAUCGGUACUCUGCUGGGUACAAUUGACAAGCACUCUAUUGAGGUGACCAACUGCUUCUCUGUCCCCCACAAUGAGUCCGAAGAUGAGGUCGCUGUGGACAUGGAGUUCGCCAAGAACAUGUACGAGCUCCACAAGAGGGUGUCACCCACUGAGGUCAUCAUCGGCUGGUACGCCACCGGCUUUGACAUCACAGAACACUCUGUGCUCAUUCAUGAGUACUACAGCCGCGAGGCCACCAACCCCAUUCACCUGACUGUGGACUCAGCUCUGCAGAGCGGCAAGAUGAACAUCCGCGCCUACGUCAGUGCACAGAUGGGCGUGCCAGGAAAGACAGUCGGUGUCAUGUUCACCCCACUGUCCGUCAAGUACAUCUACUAUGACACUGAGAGGAUAGGCGUGGAUCUUCUCCAGAGGACACGUGCAAAUCCCAGUCGCACCAAGGGCCUGACCUCUGACCUCUCCCAGGUGGCUGGUUCUGCAGCCAGAGUACAGGACAUGCUGACCACCGUGCUGGCAUACAUCGACGAUGUGCUGUCUGGCAAGGUGGCAGCCGAUAACAGCGUGGGCCGUUUCCUGAUGGAUCUGGUCAACAAGGUGCCCACCAUCUCAGCCGAGGACUUCGAGAACAUGCUCAACUCCAACAUCAACGACCUGUUGAUGGUGACCUACCUGUCUAACCUCACCCAAGCACAGAUCGCUCUGAAUGAGAAGCUGGUCCUGCUCUGAGGAGGAAUUUCUUUAAAGUGGUUCAUAUUUAAAUUUUUUUUUUGUAUACUUUUUUUUUUUUUUGGCUGAGAUUAAUAAAGAUGUUAAACAGUCA